GGGUUUUCGAGUCUCAACCCCCUUGGCAUCAUCUUCUCAUCUUCUAAACCCCUAUCACACGGAAUAUCAAGUAACCUUCACCCCUUCUCUUAACCCUCACAACCACAAUGUCCCCCCACCCAAAAAUUGCCAUCAUCGGCGCCGGCCCCGCAGGUCUUACCCUCGCCCGCCUCCUCCAACUCCACCACUUCCCCCUCACAAUAUACGAAGCCGAGCCGUCGCGACAGACACGCAACCAAGGCGGAACCCUCGAUCUGCACCCCAAAGCCGGCCAACUCGCCCUCAAAGAAGCAGGCCUCCUCUCAGAAUUUCAAAAACAUUCCCGACCCGAAGGCGAAGCCAGCAAAAUCAUGAAGUACGACGGAAAAGUCCUCUGGGAUGACAAUGUGCUGCCUCCCUGGCGACCCCAAGCCGAGGGCGAACAGGAAAGACCGGAGAUCGAUCGUGUGGUUUUGAGAGAUAUUUUACUCGAUAGUUUGCAGCCGGGGACGAUUCAAUGGGGGAAGAAAUUACUCGGGGUUCAAGAAGACGAGAAAAUCAAGGGGAAGUACAACCUCUCGUUCAGCGACGGGAGCAUGGAGAUGGGCAUCGACCUGCUCGUCGGUGCUGACGGCGCGUGGUCAAAAGUUCGGCCUCUCUUGACUACUGAGAAACCGUUCUACGCCGGCAUCACGGCGGUGGAACUCUGGGCUUUGGAUGUCGAUAAGCAAAAUGCGUGGUUAGGUAACUUUGUGGGGCAGGGGAGUAUGUUUAUGUUUGAUGAGGGGAGGGCGAUUAUGUGUCAGCGGCAGGGGAGCGGGGCUAUGCGCUCGUAUGCUGCGGUUAAGAGGCCGGAGAACUGGGUUGAGGAAUGUGGUAUCAAUUGGGAAGCUCCCGAUGCAAGGGAGAGGUUGGUGAAGGAGUACUUUGAUGAUUGUGGGGAGGAGUUGAAGAGGGUGGUGUUAGAAACCAAGGAUGUAUUGAUUCCAAGGAAGUGCUGGAUGAUGCCUGUGGGAGUUUCCUGGAAGACGAGACCUGGUGUUACGUUGCUUGGGGAUGCGGCCCAUCUGAUGACGCCAUUUGCAGGUGUGGGAGUCAAUGUGGCGAUGGCGGAUGCACUGGAUCUUGCAAGGGAACUGGUGAAGAGGAAGGAGAGCGUCACGGCAAAGCUGGUGAGUGAUAGCAAGAAUAUCGCGGUUGCGGUGGAGGCGUAUGAGAAGGAGAUGUUGAAGAGGGCGGAGGAGAAUGCGGCGAAGACUAUGCAUGGGUUGAAGGGGCAUUUUAGUGCGACGGGGAGUGAGGAGAGAGCGGGGAAGAUUCAGAAGGGGUAUAAUAUGAUGAUGGCGAAGAAGGCGGAGAAGGAGCAGAGGGGCUCUUAGAUGUGACGGCUUUGUAUAACAUCAUAGACUGGACUCUUUCCUUUGCGUUAUUCUGUUGGGGGUUAGCAAAUGAAUAGACGUC